AUGGUGUUAGUUUUGAUAGAUCCUGUUUGGUAAGAAUUCUUGACUAAGCAAAUCGAAGACAUGAAUCGCUAUAAGAUGAGGAUGUUUGCAUCCCUAUCUCACGAGUUAAGAACACCAUUAAAUUGCUCAAUUUCGAUGUUAGAAUUUUUGGAAUCUGAUAUUAUUAACAUCAGUAAGUAAGCUACAUAGAUAUUAACAAAUAAUAUGUAGCGAUAAUAGAGGCUAGAGAAUUCAUAAAUAGUGUUAGGAACUUCAUAUUAGUAAUUUUAAGGCUCUUAACAAAAUUGUAUACAAUAAAACAAUUCAGGAUUUGGUAAUUCUUUGUACUUUAAUUAAAAUACAUUGAAUGCCAGCCAAGCUGAAGAAAGCCACGAAGAGAGUUCUUAUAGUCUAUAUAAUAUCAGACAUAGUUCAUAGCUAAAAAAUAUUCAAAGUAACAUAAACAACAAUAACAACAACAAUAACAGCAACAACAAUAAUAAUAAUAAUCCUCAGACUACCAUGAAUAUUUUUUAUAAUGGAAGUAGUAAUAAUAGCUUUUAAAACUUCUUUCAAGAUAUAAAAAGCAUAUAAGAAGAAUGUGAAAGAGUUAUACAAUCUUAUCUUAAGCCUGCUUUAUAUAGCUCUAAAUUACUUCUAAACUUAAUCAAUGACAUUUUAGACUUUGUGUAAAUUGACAGUGGUAAAUUUAAAUUCACAUUCAUUUAAUUUUCUUUGGAUAAACUGCUUCAUGAAUGCAUAGUAUUGAUUAAUCUGCAGGCUAAAUCAAAAAACAUAGAGCUCUGUGUAGAUUUUGAUCAGAAUAUUCCACAAAAAAUUGAAUCAGACCCUAACAGAAUAAGAUAAGUUUUACUAAAUUUUUUGAGUAAUGCUUUAAAAUUUACUGUACAAGGAAAAAUAACCAUUUAAGCAAAAGCUGUUGCAAAUAGUUAAAACCUAAUUAUGCUUUCUGUAAUUGAUACAGGAAUAGGUAUUUCAGAAAAUGAUAUCAGAAAUAUAUUUACUAUAUUCAACAAAGUAGAUUUAGGAAAAAACUAAGAACUAAAUAGCUAAGGAUGUGGUCUUGGACUUACUCUUUCAAACUCAAUAAGCAAAGGUUUAGCUCCUGAGCAAUUUGGAGGAGUUUAAGUUGAGAGUAAAGUAGGACAAGGAAGCAAAUUUUCUUUUGUAAUAGAAGAUCAUUCUGCUACUAAACUUUCGAAAAAGUAAAGCUGUGAUGUACUAGAAUCUGAAGAGGAUGAAUCCUAUAGACCAAAAACUAUUUCAGAAAAUUUUAGAAAACAAUUUAAGUCUCCUUCUUUUUCAUAAAUUUUUGAAGGAGGACAAUACAUUACUGAGUAAAGCUCUCCCUUGCAAAAACAAUAAAGCUCAAACUAAUUCAAUAUGCUUUUCAGUGAUCAAUAAAGCUAAAAUAAUAAUUUUAACUUAAUUCAAUAAAAUUUAUAUUAAUAACCUUAAAAUAAGAUUUAAAAUUUAAAUUUUUAGUAAUAAAUAAAUAAGUUAUCCAACGCUUAUGAUAAUAUAACUUCGAAAGGAGAAAAGGAUAUGCAUAUGAUUUAAUAAAUUCUUAGUGAAAAUGGUAAAUGUAAUUGCAUUUAAAUUUUAGCUGCGGACGACAAUGAGUUUAAUUUGAUUGUGAUUGAAAACAUUCUAAGAAAGUAUCAUUUAAAUUCAGAAAAUUCAUGCAAUGGUCAAAUUGCAUAUUAAAAGAUAUUGACCAGAAAGCAGGAAAAUACAUGUUGCCCCCAUUACAAAUUAAUAUUUAUGGAUAUAGAAAUGCCAAUCAUGAAUGGAUAUUAAACUUCACAACAAAUCUAUGAAUUAUAUUAAAAAGAUGGAGCACUCGAAAAAAAACCCUAUAUAGUUGCAUGCACUGCAUAUGUAGGAGAAGAUGAUAAAAAACUUGCUAAAUAAAAUUUUAUGGAUGACUUUGUAACUAAACCAAUCUAAUCAAAUAUUUUAGAGCAAGUAUUAAUUAGAUAUGUUUCCUACUAUUUAAAGAAUAAUUUGAAAAAUAGAGAUUGA